UUAACACAACCUUCCUGCUAAAAAAAAAGAAAAAGACGAAAAAAAAAGUGUAGUCCACAGGCUAAUGGUGUUGAGUGACCACAAACACACACACACACACACGCACACAGCAUCCUCAUCUCGUCUUGAGUGCACUUUAUGUCUUCCCCUGUAACCGCAAUGCUGUGCACAGGGCCGUACAAAUUUGCAGGAGAUGCAGACGGCAGAGUUGAAAGGAAGGGAGAGAGGAGAGGAAGUCAGCUUGAAGAAUGUGAACCACAGACACUGCCAAAAAGUGAUGAAGACAGCCUCCGAAGCUGCGGGAACCCCCUAAUCUGAGAUGUUUCACUGCAACAUUGCAACAUCUGCAGAAGCAAGACCACCCACCGUUCUGCACUCACCUCCACUACAUUCACCGCCCCUACUUUAAGGGGAAAGAGGCAGAGGUAGGAAGGGAGCGAGCUGAGACUAGAAAGAGGAAGCAGCAUACAGUGAGGUAAAACCAACCUCAACUUCAGCACUUCUCUGUUUUGUUUAACUUAAAAAUAAUGUGCUCAGAGGAACGUUUCCCAUUUGGACUGUCUGCGACUGGAAGAUGACAGGAGGUUUUCUGAGUGUUUCCAUCAUGAGGCCUAACCCCUGCUGGACUAUCCUGCAUGUGUCCAUCUUGGCGGGGCUGCUUCUCACCUUGAACGCUGAGAGUGAAGAAUCUGACUGUUACCCAGGAAUUAAUGUGCGCCGCAACACGGUUCAUGAGGCUUUACUCGGGGAAGAUCUUACGAUUAACUGCACAGUUACUUUCUGCAACAAUUCACCAUCAACAGUGUCCUGGUAUAAAGUUGACAAUACUUCUGUUCCAGUAAAUUUCAACAGCAGCCCUCACAUUAAAACUGAGUGGAAAGAUUCAAACCAUGUAGAAGGGAUAUCGUUUUUGAUCUUCCAAAAAAUACAAAGAAAUGACUCAGGUCAAUAUCGGUGUCAAAGUGUAGACGAUGUGAGCCACACCAUCAAUGUGUCCGUCUAUGGUAACAUUGAGCUUCCCAUUGAUACAGGGAAGAAUGAAACAAACAACACGUCAAAUCCGAAUCCUACACCGCAGGAUAAUAUGUUGAUGUAUGUGUACUCUGCUGCUGGGAUAGUGGUAUUUGUCAUCGUCGUGAUAAUUAUAUCUAUCGUAUCAAUGCUAGGAUGCAAAGGGAAACCAAAGAAAGAGACAAGUACUGAAAAUCAGUACAUGGCAAUGCCAAUGGUCGAGCAAGCCUUCCCACAAGCCAGCCUCCAGCCGUCGUCAAGAGAAGACCCCUCUGUCCCGCCAACCAGGCGAUCUACACGGAAGAAGAUGCCGCCCUCACAACGCAAUGAGUCAACGUUACCAGAAGACCAUCUUUACGGCAUGAUAAAAGAGGAUGAUGAGAGACAGAGGAAUGUGGCGGAGGAAGAGGGGAGUUCUAUUGUUUAUGCUGCACUCAACCAUCAGCGGGCACCAGCAGCUGCUGCUCGGCCAAGGAUUCAGAUAGAGGAGAAUUCUGAGUACGCAGCUAUCCGUGUUCCUUAAAGAUCCACUAGACGCCAUUUCCAAGCGGAGGACAUGUCACAUUAUUCGGAUUAAUAGUCUUGUUGAUGUUGGCCAGAGACACAGUUUGGUUCAUUCAACAAGCUCACACUAGAAGAUCACGUCAGGAGCUCAGGAGGGCAAUUACAAGGGGGUGACCCUAACACCAGGAAGGGGUGCAAGAAGCUCCAUAAUGUGCGGAUUCUGAAAACUCGUCUUGGAUAGCCAAAGUGUCCUUUUUGUUUCCUACAUUUUUGUAAAAAACUGCUCUCUACUCAACGUGAGGAUGACACAGCACAGACUCUCUCACCCAUCUACAUGAGACUCCAGAGAUUUGCUCCAUAAGUAAGCACAUAAGUUAGCAUCUCCACCAUUUGGUCAGUACUUUGACAGCCUGCACACCUGCAUGGGUGUUUUCACUCUGGCUGAUGAGACCUCUGCUCAGGUUGAAGUUGGGUGGAGCUAUGCUGGACAUUGUGUCAUCUUUUCAUCUUUACCAAUAGGCCUUUUGCACAGGAAACAUUUUUACAUGACACAGUAGGAAAAGCA